AUGCUAAAAAUAGGUAAAGGACUACAUAAAAAAAAGAAAUCUAAAAAAAACAAGCACAGGGAAGAGGAAUUAUUUACGGAAGAGGAAUUAGAAAAAUAUAGAAGGGAAAAAUUACAAAAAACAGCAGAAGAAGAAUUUGAUAGUAAUUCGGGUGAAAAAAAAAUCGUUUCAGAAGAAUUAGAAAAAUUUAAAGCUUUAACUGCUGGCGUAGAUGAUAUUUUAAGAAAAUCUCAAGGGGAUUUAGAUCGUAUUAAAAAAGAUAGUUUUUUUCAAAAAAAACCCACACCGAGCGAACUUAAAUUACAGGCGGAAGAAGAAGAGAAAAAAUAUAAAAAUUCAGAAAAUCAAUGGGUAGAAUUUGAAGAUAAAAAUAAUUUAGGCGGCGAAUCCACAGAUAAUCUUAACAAAGAACAAGAAGAAGAAUCCGAAUCGGAUUACGAAUUUGAUAAUAACGAUGAUAUUUUCGAUACGACUUACGUGGAUGCAUUAGAAAAAGGUGAAGUUAAAUUAGUUUUUGUACCCGAAGACGAUGAUAUAAUAAAACCAGGAGAACCUGAUCCAUUUGAUACAUCAUCCGCCGAAGAAAUAUUAAAAAAAGUACAGGAAGAAGAAGAAAAGAAAAAACGACAAAUAAGUCUUGGUUUAGCGGUCCAAGUUUUAACUGGUCGAGCCGAACGGGAUAAAUCAAUAUUAGAAGAAUCUGGAGCAUCGAAUGUAUUAAACGUUGAAGGAGUCUCCAGCAAGGCAAAAAUUAGAUCUCGAAAAAUUCAAGAUUUUGCUCUUAUCGGAAGUUUUGAUGACGAAAACGUUACUCAAUUUUCAUCUCAAGAGCCACAAACUGUUCAAGGACCUAAAAUAUUAUUAGAUGAAGAUAUUGAUGUUGAUUGUGAUUUACCACAAGAUUGUUUUAUUCCUAACCUUUGUCUAGAGAAACAAGAAACAAAUUUUGAAUCUAAUAAUAAAUCUGAAGAUUUAAGCGAAUUUGAUAUUCUUAAUCAAAACAUAACACUAGAAGUUGUUAAGGCCGAAGAAGUUGACGAUCAGUUUGACGAAUUUACUGCAUUAGCGGCAAGUUCUGUUGCUAAUCAAAAAUUGGAUGAAGAAUUGCAAAUAUAUGAGAAUUUGGAAGAUGAUCCCUUUGACACUAGCACCGUUAAUAACGUUUUAAAUAAAUCAGUUGAUCCAUUUGGUGCCAUUGAUACUAAAAUACCUUCUCCUCAAUUAUUUAAACAACCUUUGAUCGAUAGUAAGUGGUCGGCUUUUGAUUCUGCAGAGACAGAGGAACCAGUUGAAGUCGAUCCAUUUGAUACUUCGUUUAUAGAAAAAAUACAGCCUGGAAAGUGUGAGCUCAAAUUGGUCGAAGAUGAAAUUUUGGGAAAUAAAAUAGAAUCGACAUAUAAAUCGCAUAUCCAUCAGGAAGCUAGAAUCCUGUCACGAAAUAACAGUGAUUCAGAUUUUCAUCCGCGAAUUUUUAAAGAAGUAACAAAAUUUGGCGAACAAAGUCCCCUUUCAAAAACAAAUAAUCAAAUUAAUAAUUCAAGAAUUUCUGACAAUAAAUUUGAGUCGGAAGGAGAAUUGAUAGAAAAUAUUUCCGAAAAAGAAUCAGAAGAAUUUUGCGAUUUUGACGAUCCCUUUGACACAUCAAAAUUAAUUUCAUUACCUGGAAAAGCAGAACUUAAAAUAAUCGAGCAAGAAUUAAAUAACGUAAAAAUAACUGAAAGUCCUCAAGAACCUUUAUUCAAGAAAUUAGGGAUUAACGAGAAUUCUUGCCCCAGCACUACAGGAUUAAAGCACAGUUUUUCUGAUUUGGAUUUAAAUUCUACUGACCCAAAUUCUUCACAAAACACAUCUGAUUUCAAUUUAACAAAUAGAAGAUUUUCAGAAGUCAUUCAAACAAGUAAAAAACCUCCUAACAGUUUAAAAUUUAAUCCAGAUUUACUAGUUGUCGAAGAAGAACAUUUUGUCAAAGCUUUAACUCCUGCGGUUGAAGAAGAUAUUUCAAAUUACGCUGAUCCUUUUGAUACUUCAAUUGCUGAAAAUAUUGCUCCCGGAAAAGCUGAACUAAAAGUUUUAGAAAGUGAAUUAAUUUCAGGAACGGAGGGAAAAAUUACACGAAGCUAUAGUGAUCCCGAUUUUAAUCCCCGUGACGAAUUGACAAAAACAAAGGGUAUUUUACAUUUUUAA